CAUAGUGCGGUGAACUUAUGACAAGAGAGGUCUCUCACGCAACUUUCGCAACGAAAACAACCGCUUUCGUAAUCCAAGAAUAGAAAUAGACGGAAGUAUGUUACCAAUGACGGUUCCCCCAUUGUCAUUCUGGAAUUGAUAUCUGCUCUGCAUCUGCGUGUUAUAAAUAAUACGAAACGUUUCCUGGAUAACUUGAUUCACCCAAUUCACAACAACAAGUUUUCCAGUGUUCGAACAGCCGCCUCGCGUCUCGUAUGUCAACUCGCGACUUCUCCACUCCCUGACAUCUCGAUGGUCCUGCAUGUUACGGUUCUUCGGGAUACUCUGCUGGACUUUGAUGUGAUUCGAGGAUGGUGACGCUGCAACAUGAACAAGUGGGAUGGCGGUAAUCUUCGUUGUUCUACUGAUGAUUACCCUGGCUUCAGCCUCACCAGAUUGGACUGACUGCCAACUGCCAUGUGUUUGUAAAUGGAGUGGUGGUAAAAGAAGUGCGGUUUGUAAGAGUGGUGGACUGACAUCUGUGCCAAACUCCUUGGACUCCGACUUGCAGGUUUUGUAUCUGUCUCAGAACCAUAUCAAGUACCUGCCAAAGGACGCUUUCAAAAACGCUGGUUUGAUGAAUCUCCAAAGGAUAUAUCUCAUUAAGAACGGUUUGUUGGAAUUGAACCAAGACGCCUUCAACGAACUCCUCAUCCUGAUAGAAAUCGACUUAUCUCACAACGCGUUGACCAGCCUGCAUCCCUUAACAUUCCACGGAAACGAAAGACUGAAAGUUCUGUUCUUAUCCGGAAAUCCUCUGACUCAAUUGAUCGAAAAACAAUUUCCUCCAUUGCCUCAUCUCCGAAUAUUAGAUUUGGAAGGUUGCCGGAUUGAAUACAUCCACAAAGACGCUUUCGUGAACUUGGGCUCUCUGGAAUCCCUGAAUCUCAAAUACAACCUUCUGAAGAAUGUGUCCGAAACAACGUUCAUGAAUUUUGCUCACCUGAAGACGCUACAAUUAGACGGCAACCCAUGGAGGUGCGAUUGCGAGCUGAGAGGAUUCAGGAAUUGGUUUUUAGCCAGCAAUUUACAUUCAACCUCGCUGUCAUGUUCCGAGCCGGAUUUCCUGUACGAACGUCACUGGGAAAAUGUAAAUUCCGAGGAGUUCGCCUGCUUGCCUCAAGUGGCUGUUUCUCCUCAAAACGAAGUACAGGCCGAGGCUGGCGGAAACGUGACAUUUGGCUGUCACAUCCAAGGAGAUCCGGAACCGCAGGUGUGGUGGCUGUAUGAAGGAUAUCCCAUCAAUCACACGUGGAUUGUCAUCGAGGCUGAAGAGGGUCUUCUAGAUAAGUGGGCGAACAUUAGUAUAUUUAACGUGAGUGAUGCGGACGUGGGUGUGUAUACGUGUAUGGCGAAGAAUGUCCUGGAUACCGUCGUGCAAAACGUCAGUUUAGUUCUGCCGGAGGUCGCUACUGCGACGACUGUUAUCAAGUCGGACGUAGGUUUCGUGUGGUGGACAAUGGUUGUGGUCGGUGUGGCCGUCGGGUUCUCCGCGUUCUGUACCAUGAUCGCGGUGUACUGUGCUCGAAGCUCCAGAAGACGUGGGCACGACAUUAAAGCCAGUGUUAGUUUUACGGACCAAGAGAAAAAACUGCUAGAUGUAAGCAUCGCGACCACUACCGAUCGCGGUACCGGAAGUUGUGAAGGUUUGGGACCUGAAGUUGACCUAGUGGAUCCUCCGGUGUUGAUAACCAUCGAAAGAGAACCUUUACCGAUGACUGUGUUUCCUCCUCCUCCGGAGUUUUCUGGUAAUAUUCUUCCUGUUGCUCCCUACGGUAAUAUUUUCAUUUCCGUUUCGUUGAGUCGGGAUCAUCACGAACCGAGUCAGAGACAGGGUCCGGAUUUACUAGACCUGUCCCAUAGGUCGAAAAUGGUGUACCAUGGAAUGGCCACCUUGCCCAGAAGACAGAACCCCAUUGCUCAGUACGACAAUAUGGGACCUAGGGUGACUGCUUGUGGUAGCUCAACGCUCUCCUUGCCCGACUCAACCAUGGACGAAGUGACGCCCACGCCAAUGCCCUCAAGUUGUGUCCCCCUGAAUCCAGAGUUUGUAUCUCUGUAAACUCCCCUUUCUCCAUAUUCGAUUAGUGCCUUUUGCUCAUGUUACGUUUGUUCUAGACUGUCCCCCCUUUCAAGCCAUCUUUGUGUCAAAUAUGAUGAGUUAAUAUUUUGAAUUUAUUGUUAUUCUAAAUCAAUAAUAUGUAAAAUUAUCAUGGAACAAUUGACACUGACUUAAGAUAAUAAAACAAUCUUAUUUGGAUUUUCCAUAA